AUGGGACCAAGGAACCUAUCAAAUGCUUCAGAAUUUCUUCUUCUUCAAUUUUUAGAGGAACCAGCACUGCAGCCCCUCAUAUUUGCCCUUUUCCUCUCCUUGUACCUGAUCACUGUGUUUGGAAACCUGCUCAUCAUCCUGGCCAUCAGCUCAGACUCCCACCUCCACACACCCAUGUACUUCUUCCUCUCCAACCUGUCCUUUGUAGACAUCUGUUUCACCUCCACCACCAUCCCAAAGAUGCCGUGGAACAUCCAGAUUCAGAGCAAAGUCAUCACCUAUGAAGGCUGCAUCACCCAGGUAUAUUUUUUCACACUGUGUAUAGGGUUGGAUGACUUCCUUCUGACCGUGAUGGCACAUGACCGCUUUGUGGCCAUCUGUCACCCCCUGCACUACACAGUCCUCAUGAAUCUCUGGCUCUGUGGAACUCUGGUUUUGGUUAGCUGGAUCGUUAGUGUCUUGGACUCCUUCUUACAAACCUUAAUGGUGUUGAGGCUGUCCUUCUGUGGAAAGGUGAUAAUCCCUCACUAUUUCUGUGAACUCAAACAGCUGAUACAACUUGCCUGUUCUGACAGCUUUCUUAGUGACAUGGUGAUCUAUUUUGCAGUUGUCCUGCUGGGUGGUGGACCCCUGGCUGGUAUCCUUUACUCUUAUUUUAGGAUAGUUUCCUCCAUACGUGGAAUCUCAUCAGCUCAAGGGAAGUAUAAAGCAUUUUCCACCUGUGCCUCUCACCUCUCUGUUGUCUCCUUGUUUUAUUGUACGUGCUUAGGAGUGUACCUUAGCUCUGCUGCUACCCCCAGCACACACACAAGUGCAACAGCCUCUGUGAUGUACACUGUGGUCCCACCCAUGCUGAACCCCUUCAUCUACAGUCUGAGGAACAAGGACAUAAAGAGGGUUCUGAAGGCAUUCUUUAGGAUGGUGGCCAUAAAAAGGCCAAUUGUUCUGAGCUGGAGAAGGGAGCAUAAUUGA